UUUCUCGAAGAGUCUUAAAACAUUUCAUUCCGCUUCUGUCACAGAGCGCUAUCUCUCAUUAACAUGGAUCUUUAACAAUAAAAUGGUUGACCAACUUAGUUUAUUCUGAUUGAAAAAUAAUCUAAAAUAUAUGAAACUGACAAAUAAGAGAAGCUUACACGUCAGACAUUUAUAGAAUGAUAUAGUGUAUAAAAACGGAAAAGAUUGUAUCUUUGUUAAGGACACGGCACCCAUAUCAAGCGGAAAACGUAAUUUUGCUAACAGAAAACACCGCCAUACGCGUUUCCUAAAUUACUAGAGGGAGUUUUGGUUGAAGGAAAUAAAGCAGCUUAUUUAGUGGUUAAAGGAGAGCGCUGUCAGGGUGCUGGGGGAUUUUUCCUGGCUUGUCUUUCCCCCCUUAAAGGAGUCAGGGUGCAGCCUACUGGGACGGUCCCGGCGGGUAGAAGCACGCCUCUCGGUACCUCCGAUAGGGUCAGCUGGACUGCGCUGGGGGCCGAGGAGCGGACGCACCGUGGGGAAGACAGAGAUCGGGAGCUACCGAUGUGAUCAUGUGACAGGGAUGAUUUGAGAAAGUGGCUGGAUUCCUGGUCCACAGGGCGGAAGGUGGAAUUGCAUGAAGGAUAGCUCUACUGCUGAAAGUGUACUGCGAAGUAGGUGCAGGAGGUCUCCAUGAAUAACUCACACAGGGAAGGAGAACAUCUCAUCUCCAUACUGACUGAAAUGCCCAGGCACUGGACGGGUCGAAACAGUAUCUGGUCUGCUUUGUUUAAACUGAGCAUUUAAAAGACCAAUCGAAUGCAACCAAAACAGCCAGAGCAGAUGGUUUUCAGAGGCCGACAGGUACCACAGCUCUUUUGAUUGGAAGUGUUGUCGGUCAGCUGGGUAGCUGCAUGUUUGAGGCCACUCCCAGAAAUGGAACCCUGGCCUGUAUUGGCCUGGGUCCUGCUCCUGGCUCUCAUUGCUGAUUGGGUGAAAUCUGUCCAAUCACGGGACUUCACGGUGAAGGACAUCGUCUUUCUCCAUCCUUCAACAACUCCCUAUCCAGGGGGAUUCAAGUGCUUCACAUGUGAGAAUGCACCGGAUAACUACGAAUGCAACCGCUACGCCCCAGACGUCUACUGUCCGCGAGAGGCCCGGUACUGCUCCACGAGCCACCUGAUGGACGAGCAGGGAGUGAGCAUCUCUGUGACGAAACACUGCGCGGUCCUGGCCGACUGCCUCUCCACUGGCUGUUCCGGCACCAGCCGCCCUGGCCACCAGGUCUGCACUUCCUGUUGCGAGGGACACAUCUGUAACAUGCCGGUGCCGCUAAACGACACCGAGGCCAUUUUCAGCACCACCUCGCCGCUCAGCAGCGCUCCCUGGACGUCACGCAGGCCUGCGGCAGUCACCUGUUUCACCGCAGUCGCCUCAGCCCUCCUUUUAAGUCGCAUCUAGGAAGCAAAGCCGCAAGAUGCAGCAGCUUAGCGGUCACAGAACAGUAUUACAUUACGUUGUGUUUUUCUAAUUCUCCUGACUGUUUAGCCCCGUUAGUGUGAUUUUUAACAGCUUCAUGUUGGCUUAACAACACUGACUAUGAGGCCUCGGAUGCAGUGUCACGCCCUAGUAGAUUUUGGGUGCCAAACUAAGUACAGGUUGUAUUCUGUGUAACAUACUGUAUGUAUAUAGUGUAUUUAUUUUUGUACAGUAUGUUAAUGCUAGAGUUAAAUUAUGCUAGCAGUGCAAGUUAAAGCACUUAGCAACUGAGCACUUGUCUCUGCCCCCCCCCCCCCCCACACACACUUUUUAUACUUAACAAAUGUAAAUGCACAUACAUUUAUUUGCACGCGGACAGGGGGCGCCGUGGAGUAUAUAGAGUCCUGCAGCACUGUAGCUAAGAGCUAACAGCUGAUUGCUUGUUGUCGGGCUGAUGAUGGAUCUUUAGCUUAUUAUUGUAUUUUCAUAUUUGCUGUGCAGACGUGUUGGGAUCCCUGAAAUGCAAGGGCCAUAAUGGGUUGGUGCCCCAUCUUGGGUUAUUCCCUGCUUUGUGCCUGUAAGUUCCUGGAUAGGCUCCAGACCCCCACCACUCUGCAAAGGACAAGUGGGAGGGGGGGGAUGGAUGGAUGGAUGGAUGGAUGGAUGGAUGGGUGGAUGGUGACAAUUUUGCUUAGACUGUGUCUAAAUUUUGAAAUCUGUAAAAUCAACCAUGUUGGGAGGGGGGUCAUCCUAUGUUACUUAAUGUAACUGUACAUUACUAUGGAUAGUUAUACGUGCAUGUUAGUCUACAUUCGUUUGGUUCCAUGCAUAGUUACCUGUACAGUACUGUGUUUUGCCAUGCAUACACUUACCUUACCAGUUGCAUGCAGCAUGUAAUGCAUUUUAGAACAAGAAAAUUGUUUUAACAAGCUAUUGAACAGCUUCCUUGGCACAGCCCGGCUGUGCUGGUGGGAGGAUGUGGGAGGAUGUUGAAGAUGGCGCACCCUGUCACGUCGUUGCCCUCUACAUUCUGGCCUUUCCUUCCUUCCUGUGGUUGAAAUGCAGAUCUUGCUAAAAGUUGCCUGUUGUCGCUUUAAGCUGGCAGCCCAUAGAUACGAAAACGCACUUAUCUGUCCUAAUGCUAAGCCGAUAGCCUUUUAGCCUCACCUACCAUAUGUAAGCACCACCCGCCAAUCAAGACACGUUUCACUCCUGCUGGUUGAUUUCCAAACAGUAAGGGGAGUAACCAACCCAAGUUGUCUCACUCUCUCUUCUUUACACAAGGUAAUGCUGACCAUCUGUUAAACCUUAGUCCCCAGUAUAAACCUGAAUCUUGUUAAAAUUAGAAGCAGGAUUGUACCAAGCACUGCAUUCUGUAUACAUUACUGUAAAUAUUGCAUGUCAUGUAUAAAUAUACAUAAAAUGGAAUA